CAUUGAGUCAACAAUUGGUAUCAGAGCAAGGGCUCCAAUUUGAAGGUUUAACCACCUAGGAGUUGAUCGGGGAUGGUUCAAUUUCUAUUUUUUCAACCACUUGAAAGUUUGUCUACCACUAGACCUCCUUUCUUCGAUGGGACUAACUAUAAUUAUUGGAAGAAUAUGAUAAAGGUUUUUAUGCUUGCAAAUGUGCCCACGGCAUGGAUUGUUACUAUAAAAGAUCCAUAUGUACCUAUGAAAGUUGUUGGAGAAAGAGAGGUGCCAAAGGAAGAAGUUGAAUGGAAUGAUGAAGACUUGGGGAAGAUCAUGAUCAACAACAAAGCAAUCAACAUGCUUCAAUGUGCUCUCAAUCCAACGGAAUUCCAUAGAGUAUCCAAAUGUGAUACGGCCAAGGAGAUGUGGGACAUGCUAGAAGUCACUCAUGAAGAAACAAGCCAAGUAAAGGAGUCAAAAAUCAAUAGACUCAUUUACAUGUAUGAGCUUUUUAAGAUGAAACCGGAGGAGAGCAUUCAAGAUAUGUAUACAAGAUUGAAUGACAUAGUCACCAAUCUCAAGGCUCUUGGUAAAGUCUAUCCUUCUCAAGAAGUGAUGAGAAAGGUUCUUAGAAGCUUGCCUAAGAAUAGAAAUGGUGGAGUUGAAAUAGUUGAGAAGAAGAAGGAUGUUGCGUUCAAGGCUGGCAACCAAAAGGAAAAGAGUGAAGAUGAUGCUAGUGAUGGUGAAAACAUCUCCACCUUGAUCUUUAGAGAAGUGAGGAGAUUCAUGAAGAAGAACAUCAAGAGCAAGCUUGCAAAAAGAGAUGAAGGAGAGUCUACCAAAAGGAGUGUGAAAUGCUAUGAGUGCAACAAGAUGGGGCACUAUAGAAAUGAAUGUCUCAAUUUGAAGAAAGGCAAGAAGAGCAUGAAGAAAAGAGCUUUUGCUGCCACUUGGAGUGAUGAUGAGACUAGCUCAACAGAAAGUGAAAGCUCCUUGGAGAAAGGUGUUGCAAAUCUUUGCUUCAUGGCUCAAAAGGACAGCUACAAUGAUGAAGAGAUAAACUCUAACUUCUCUAGUUCAAUUAAUGAAAGUUCAUUUGAGUAUUCUUAUGAUGAUUUAUGCAAAGUUCUUGAUUGCUCUAUGAAUGACAUUAAGAAACUAAGAAAUGACAAUAUUGCUCUUACUAAAACCAUUACAUUGCUUAGGAAUGAGAUUGAAUCUCUCUCAAAACAAAAUGAGGUUUUAGUUAAAGAGAAUGCAUCUUUAAAUGGUGAGAUUGCUUCUUUAAAGAAUGAGGAGUCUAAUAAUGCUUUGAAAAAGGAAAAUGAGGAUUUAAAGAAAGGAAAUGAAGAUUUAAAGAAGGAAAAUGAGGCCAGUAGAGCCGGCUCAUCCCUUUUCAAAGUUGGCUCAACCAAAAACCCAAGAGUAUUCUCUCUCUACAGCACAGUCGGCUCUAGGGUUGGAAGUAAAAGGAGACAAGUGGGUAGUUCUAGCAUUGGUGGUCAAGCUCAAGAAGAAGAAGGUAACAUCUCCCAAUUAAAUCUCUUUUUGGAUACCCAAGCCUCUACAAAAUAUGAAAGUAUCAAGAACAUGGCUGUUUUAUCUUGCAAUUGUGUAAAAUUUAGUCAAUUUCCUCAACAAGAUAUGCGUGUUGAACAAAUUUUUAGAGAACUUGGGUGGAAGGAUUAUGUAGAAGUUAAAGAGCAUGUGUAUUAUGAAGUUGUUCAUCAAAUUUAUGCUAAUUUGAAACCAAGAGGGAACAAAUGCAAAACUAUGGUUGCUGGGGUGUCAUUUCAGUUUUCUCCAAAGGAUAUUUGUGCUGUAUUAGAUAUACCUGAAGGAGGAGAUGAUGAGUUUUUAGAUGUGAAUCAUGCUUUAGUUAGAGCCACAAUUGCCCCCAAUUGCACUGAAAAUCAAAUUAAAGUGGGGUCUCUUUCACCAGAGAAUAGAGCAUUGCGGUGGAUUAUAUCUUGUAUUAUUGCUCAAAGGAAGGGUUCUAAAUCUUAUGUUCUUACCAGUGAUCUUCCCUGGUUUGACUAUUUUCUUAACGAAAAAAGGGUGAACCCAGGAAGAUUCAUUUUCCGGAGCAUAAUCAAGCCUUACUCACCAACUACGGGACUUCCUCAUGGUGCUCUAAUUACCAGAUUGGUGAAGAGGAACAACAUUGAUCUUACAUCCUUUAGGUUUGGAACGGUUCCUGGUGGGACUACACUUACCAAAGCCUCUUUUGAGAAAAUGGAUUGUUUGUUUAGAAAUGGCAUUUGGAUAAAGAAAGGGGAACAAGAAGGGGAACAAGAAGGGGAUGAAGAAGAAGGUGAUACAGAUCAAGAAAUAGCAGAACAAGGGGCAGAAGAACAUGAAGAUGACAGCCCAAGACCAUUUCGAGCCUCCAUGCAAAGAACAAACUGUGAAACCAUGGAGGUAAUGAUAUCUGAGAUGCAGCAGCUACACACCGACUUUUAUGGUUUCCGGACAGAAAUGAGAGGGAGAAUGACUAACGUGGAAGGAAAGCUUGAUCGGCUUGUUAACUAUUUUUUUCCUCCACCUCCACCUGAUGCCACCUAACUUGAUAUUUCUUUAGUUUGGCUAAUCUUUAGGAUGGACAUCUUAGGGUUAUGCAUUUUAUGUUUUAUUUGACUAUGGAUAUGUCUUGAACCUUUUUAUCUUGUUUUAUGAAUGGAAAUGGCAUCACUUGUGUUAU